GAGACACGGGAUGAUGGAAUGGGACGAUGAGAGCGGCAGUGGAGGAGGAAAAGACGCUGCUGUGUACAAACCGUAAACGGAGAGGACGCGGCGAGACGGAGGGGUGAGCUAGUCAAAGAGAGAGAGAGAGAGAGAGAAAGAGAGAGAGAGGGGGAGAGAGAGAGAGAGAGAGAGGGAGAGGGGACGCCGUUACUGCGAGUGACGUCACGAGUUUUCCUGAAAGUCAAAACAACCGACCGCAUCGGUAGCUAGGUCUCGUCGUUUCCUCUGGGUCGACACCCGUUAAAUGUAAAUGUUUACUCUUUACUCCCAUCCGCCGUUAUUUUAAGUGUUAGAAGCGACGGUCGGCCAGUGUUGGACGGUGUAGCUUUGGCUUUUGCCCGCCGUUAGCCGUCCUACUCGGAAGGGGGGGUGGGCGAGAGGUUUAUAAACAGCAGGUGCACGGACGGGAAUCCCUCCGCACUUACCUACCGCUACAGGCUGAGUCACUGCCGGUGAGGAGGAAGGUCUGGAGAGAGAACGAGAGAGGAGGAGGAGGAGAAGAAGGGAGGGAGGGAGAUAAGCCACGACAGGAAGCAAAGCGACACGCGCGCACACACACACUGCGCGUGUGUGCGUCUGAGAGAGAGAGACUGCGUGAGCGAGCGAGUGAGAGGGAGAACGGGGAAGGAAGGGAGGGAGAGCGACGCGGAGGCUGGGAGAGCCGACCCCCCCCUUCCUCUCCCUCUCUUUCUCCUCUCCUCCUCUCCUCCCCUCCUCCCUCUCUCUCUCUCUGUGGAGCAGGCGUGUAGCGGCAUCAGGCUCGGCGUGAAGGAACCAUGAGCGAUGUCACCAUCGUUAGAGAGGGAUGGCUUCAGAAACGGGGUGAAUACAUAAAGAACUGGCGGCCGCGUUACUUCCUGCUAAAGACAGACGGCUCUUUCAUCGGCUACAAAGAAAAACCUCAGGACGCAGACCUGCCCUACCCUCUCAAUAACUUCUCUGUAGCAAAAUGCCAGCUGAUGAAGACGGAGAGGCCCAAGCCAAACACCUUCAUCAUCCGCUGCCUGCAGUGGACCACCGUCAUCGAGAGGACCUUCCACGUGGAGUCGCCUGAUGAGAGAGAUGAGUGGACGGAGGCCAUCCAGAUGGUGGCUGACAAGCUGCAGAGACAAGAGGAGGAGAGGAUCCAGUGCAGCCCCACCUCUCACAUCGACAACAUGGCUGAGGAGGAGAUGGACAUCUCUACCACACACCACAAACGCAAAACGAUGAGUGACUUUGACUACCUGAAGCUGCUUGGGAAGGGAACCUUCGGUAAAGUGAUCCUGGUGCGAGAGAAGGCCAGCGGGAAAUACUACGCCAUGAAGAUUCUCAAAAAGGAAGUCAUCAUAGCCAAGGAUGAAGUGGCUCACACACUCACAGAGAGCAGAGUGCUGAAAAACACCCGGCACCCUUUUCUCACCUCAUUGAAGUACUCAUUCCAGACUAAAGACCGCCUCUGUUUCGUAAUGGAGUAUGUGAAUGGGGGAGAGCUGUUUUUCCAUUUGUCCAGAGAGCGGGUGUUCUCGGAGGAGCGCACGCGCUUCUAUGGUGCCGAGAUCGUCUCGGCUCUGGACUACCUGCACUCGGCCAAGAUUGUGUACCGGGACCUCAAGUUGGAGAACCUGAUGCUGGAUAAAGACGGCCAUAUAAAGAUCACAGACUUCGGCCUCUGCAAGGAGGGCAUCACAGACGCUGCUACUAUGAAAACCUUCUGUGGCACUCCUGAGUAUCUCGCUCCUGAGGUGCUGGAAGACAACGACUACGGCCGCGCGGUGGACUGGUGGGGUCUGGGCGUGGUGACGUACGAGAUGAUGUGCGGCCGGCUGCCCUUCUACAACCAGGACCAUGAGAAGCUGUUUGAGCUCAUCCUCAUGGAGGACAUCAAGUUCCCACGCACUCUGUCGGCCGACGCUAAGUCCCUGCUGUCCGGCCUGCUCAUCAAAGACCCAAAUAAACGGCUUGGCGGAGGACCAGACGAUGCUAAAGAAAUCAUGAGACACAGUUUCUUUUCUUUAAUUGACUGGCAGGAUGUCUAUGAUAAAAAGCUGCUCCCUCCUUUCAAGCCUCAGGUGGCAUCGGAGACAGACACCAGAUACUUUGAUGAAGAGUUCACAGCCCAGACCAUCACAAUAACUCCACCAGAGAAAUUUGACGAGGAUGGGAUGGACUGCCUGGACAACGAGAGAAGACCUCAUUUCCCACAGUUCUCCUACUCUGCCAGUGGGCGGGAAUGAACUGGCCACCGUGGUGACAUCAUCACAGCUGGCCUCUGAGGUCAUCAUUGUGGGACACGACCCACAGCUUUGGACCUACCCAGCCUGACUAAAAAAGGAUCUUGCCCUUCUUGGCCUCCUCUCUUUUUCACCUCCUCACUCCCCACAGCACUCUCUCUCUCUCUCUUUCUCAUUGUGGGUUUUUGAAUUUCUCCGAUUCCCUUUUUGAAGAAACACGUUCCCAAAGGUACAAACGCCACCGG